AUGAUCCGACCCCUUCUUCUCGCCCUUUUGGCACUUUUCCCGUCUAUCCAAGCUUCUGUAAUUUGUUACGAAUGUUACGCCAACUCGACCGAUGAGGGCAGAUUUUGCUCCAUUGACAAGCUUUGCAAAGGGACUUCGUGCUCUUUUCGUGAGUUAGACAAGUGAAAGUUGCUGAUGAAAAAGGUUCAUUUAGAGUUGAAUUCGGAUAAUAGUUGGCAGGCGGGAUGCUCGGAUUCUCUUUCAACGAAUACUAAUAUCGCUUGCUCGACGACAACGUCUUCUUCGUCAAGCUGCUCCUGCAACACAGACUUCUGCAAUUCGUUGGCAAAAUCUGAAAGUGCACUGAAGUCAACAGUAUCCAGCUCAAAAUCUUCUUGGUUUGGCUCGAGAAACAACAACAAGUUAACAUAAAAUUUCGUUAAAUCCUAUCAAAACUCUAGAACUUUCCAGAACAGCCAACGUCUCCCUGGCUCUACCCGAUCGCAAUCUGAUUCAUUGCGAAGAGUGUGGAAGUGUCACUGUGGCAAACGAAACUGUAGUCAUUCCAUGUGAUCGGAAUCAUACUUGUCAGGGAAAUUAUUGUGUUUCAAGUGAGUUACACUAUCUUUUAGUUUGAUUGGAAUCGCUGAAUGUUUUUUAGUCCGUGGCCAGUCUCCGUAUUCCUAUUGCGGAGGCGUUUGGGACGAGGAAAAAGCCGUGAGUUGUCAGAGAAACUUGUUCUGGAUUCAAAUGAUAUUUCAGCCAGCUUGCUACUUGGAAGGUGACAUUCCUGAAAUGUGCGUUUGCUCCAAUCACAUGUGUAACAUGCUUCUCGAUCCUGCGCCGAUUAUGACGACCACUGCGUCGUUGGGAGAUCGUGAGAUUUUCAACUUUUUUUUGUUAGAGCUUCAAUGUUUUCAGCAACUCUUGCCACACUUGCUCCGAUCAUAAUCGAACUGGAUACUAAUCAAGACAUUGUUACUAUCCCGUCGACUACACCGACCGAAGGAACCACGGCGACCACCGCGAAGCCUACCACAAGUAAGUGCAAAGCUGUAAGCUACUGAUGAAAAUUAAAUUCCAGAGAAAAAAUGCAAGACGUCAAAGUUGUCACCAAACGAUCAGGCCGUUUAUAUGGGCGAGAAGCUGAAGAAUGUGAUUCUCGGCGGAUUCGGAAGCGACGACGGAGCCGUGCAGAACUUCGAAGACGAUAUCAACGAUCACAUUUGCAAUUACUCGGACGAUGAAGAGGAGUAG